ACCCACCUUCCUGUGGGCUUUUUCAGUGUUUUGAUUUUUUUUUUUUUUAAUUUUUAAUUUUUAUAAUUGUAUAUUAAUAGUUUUUCAAAUUCAAUUCUACUGGGUACUGAAAAGAGAGAGAUAUUAAACGGUACCAGUUUAAGGUCGCCGGAGAAUCGUCGGAAUUGUGGCCGGCGGAUGGCGAAAGGACGGAAGUUGGGAAUUAACAGGAACGAGCGGUUCCUCGGGAGCUAUAGCAAUGGAUACGCUCAAGGAUCCUAUAAUGGAGAUGAUUCAUCGGAGCUCCGUGAAGAAGAUGUAUGGUCAAUAAUUGACAAUAAAAACUCCGCCGACGGUGAGGAUGAGAAUUACGGGAACGUUACAGUCAGAACUCGCCGGAGAUCGACUCCCCGCGAUGAAAGAAAAGUCGGGGGAGUGUCAAUUGCUUUUGAAGAUUCUGGAAGGACGGUAGCGGCGGUGACAGCGGCGCAGAGGAAUAAUCCACGUGGACGCCACGUGUCGGCAUCGGCUCCGGUGAACGUGCCGGAUUGGAGCAAGAUUCUAAGAGCGGAACCAGUGGAGUCGCUACCGGAGAUGGACGACGGAGGGUAUUACAACAACGAUGAGGCGGAGAUGGUGCCGCCACACGAGUAUUUAGCGAGGGAAUACGCGAGGAGCCGGAACGCGGCGGCGGCGACGUCGGUUUUCGAGGGCGUUGGCCGGACUCUAAAAGGGCGAGAUAUGAGGAGGGUUCGUGACGCGGUUUGGAAUCAGACCGGGUUCGAUGGUUAAUUUUAAAUUUGAGUUAUAAUUUAAAUGAAAAGGGCUAAUUUUUAUAUUUUCCCGUAAUAGGGGUUUGGGCAGUGAUUCGGCCGAGUUGACUCAAUGAAACCGAGUUGACGAUAACGAAUGAGCUCAAACAUAAUUCUGCAGGCAAAUUUCUUCGAUUGGGUAUAUGGGGAUUGCACAUUGUAUGUAUGGUUUGGUAGUUUGUGUGCGUUGAUGAACAGCUUUUGUUUGUUAAUUGUGACAUCAUAAUAUAAUAUUAUUGAUGUGUCCAAAAAUCUAUGUUGAAUUAUUUAUGUCAAAUGAAGACAAAAUGAGAUUUAUCUUAUAUUAGUUACCUCCAA